GUCAUUAUUUUUAUAUAUGCAACUCGCUUUCCUAGUCUUUUCCUCUACAGUUUUCCAUUUCCGUUUUCUCUUUAAUCCAGCUUCUUUUUCUUCCUCACCCCUUUUUCUAUUAAACACCAUGGCAGACUCUUCUGCUUCAUAUAUUCGCAUGGUGCACCAUCUGAUAGAAGAGUGUAUUCUUUUCAACAUGAGCAAAGAGGAGUGCAUGGAAGCUCUCUCCAAGCAUGCAAAUAUCAAAACAGUGAUAACUGCCACAGUGUGGAAAGAACUGGAGAAGGAAAAUAAGGAGUUCUUUGAAGCUUACUCGAGAACCAGAGCUGAGAGACAAUGGGUUACAGAAACGGAGAGAAAAGAAAAGAUUCGAAAUAUGCUUUCAAAUUCUACUACUCAGCAAGAUACCAAAGCCGAUAACAGCUAGUUCUAUGGCAAGAGAUAAGAACAGUGUACAGAAGAAGCGAACGGCGCCGUAUAAGUGGAAGGUUGGGUGAGUGGGUGAAUAGUAUUAGGUACGAAGAAUCCAAACGGUGAUUGGGAUGCGUGAUGGCAUGUGGAAAGAUUGCCGCAUUAAGUGAUGGCACGUUGCUGAAACGUGGUACCUCCCUCUUGAUUCCAUUCUCUGCCUGUCUACUUAUAAUAUUAUAGUCUAUUGUAAUAAUCUGGUUUCACGAAUCACGCAAGCUCCAUCGAUGCCUUGCCCUACCUCAAUGUUGUUUUCUUCGAUAGUGGUUUUAGUUGUUGCUUCUCUUAUUUUCUUUCUAGUGUUAAAGUUUCGGUGUAGUAAAUGAAGUGUGAAGGUGGGAUUUGGGGACCA